AUUUUGAAAAAUGCCACAAAGUUUAAUCUCAUGAUUUUCCUCAUUCAUAAUCAUAUAUGCAUAACUUUUCAUCCAAAAUUCAAAAACUUCUCUGUUCAAUUUCCAAAUUAGGGUUUCGAAUUUCUCUCAGUUCGUUUUGAGUUUAGAGACGUGAUCCCAAUGUGGGCUGCUACUCUACGGUCUUACUCUCCUCAACUCCUUCAACCAUGGAAGCUAGGGUUUUCAACUUUCAAUCACUCUUUAUCUUCCAUAUCUAAACACAUGGGUCUUCUUGAGCUUCAAGAAGUGGAGAAGAUUUUAUCUGAUGUUAGGGCAGAUAAUGUGAAGGUUAUACCUGCAAAUAAGCAGCAUGAUUGGGCUGAUUUUAUGGUCAUUGCAACUGGGAGGUCCACUUGGCAUGUUAGGAACAUUGCUCAAGCCCUAAUUUACCAGGUUAAGCAGAAGCAAAAAGGAGCUCGGCGGUUAGUGCUUCCCAGUGUUGAAGGGCAAGAAGGAGGAAAGUGGAUUGUGAUUGACUCUGGAAAAGUAAUAAUACAUGCUCUUGAUGAGAAUGCUAGAGAGUACUACAAUUUGGAGGAUCUUUGGACAUCAGAAACGUCUGAAAAGGAGCCAAUGGAUUUGGAAAAUGUCAUGGUGAAGGUUCGUCGCAUUAAUAACUCGAAAAGACCACCCCCGAAAGAUGCUUAAUCUGUCACAUUUUGUUGUUGCUUGUAUCACUUACAUGGAGGAACUAGUUAUCCAGUAUUAGUUUCAUGAAAACAUAUUGGUGUUUGAUUGCUAUUUAUUGGUGUACUCCCCAAAAUUUUUAUGUUUCUGGUUUAUAAUAUUAUUGGUUAGUAAUGAAAGCAACUUCUCUUAAGGAUAAGUGUGGUGGCAACUUUGAGUGUAGAAAGUAAUAAGUGAAUAUUCAAAGAUUUGGAAGAAUGUAAUCUGCCUUUGGGAAAAAAAUUAGUAUUGUGUAGCCAUUAUGUAUUUCUCCUUUACCUUUUGUUUCACAAUGAACUUCUUUAUUCUCUUUA